AUGCUUUUGGCGCCACCGGUUGCAGCGUCAGCCACCACCACUGCCAACAAUGCUUCUCUCUUCAGUGCCCCCUCUUCCUACUGCUCCGAAAGCAUCCACACCCUGAAGCAAGUCCACGGCCACGUCAUCAAAACUGGUCUCCACAACACUCUCUUCGCCCUCAGCAAACUCAUCCACUUCUGCGCCCUCUCCCCCUCCGCCGACCUCUCCUACGCUCUCUCCCUCUUCCGCUCCGCCCCCCAACAACCCAACCCCUUCAUCUUCAACACCCUUAUUCGCGCUCAUUCCCUUACCCCUUCCCCUCUCCAUUCCCUCAACACCUUCUCCGAAAUGAUCGCUUCUGGUGUUCAACCCAAUUCCCACACUUUCCCUUCCAUUUUCAAGUCUUGCGCCAAAUCCAAGGCUCCCCGUGAAGGGAAACAGCUCCACUCGCAAGUCAUCAAGCUUGGCCUUCAAUCUGAUCCCCAUGUGCACACCUCGGUUAUUGCUAUGUACGCUAAAGUCGGUGAAUUGGGUGAUGCAAGGAAGGUGUUUGAUAAAAGUCCUCUAAGAGAUGCUGUUUCUUUUACGGCUUUGGUUACUGGGUAUGUCUCGGAGGGUCGUGUGGAUGAUGCUAGAACUCUCUUUGAUGAAAUCCCCAGGAAGGAUGUGGUGUCGUGGAAUGCCAUGAUUGCGGGGUAUGUGCAGAGUGAUCGAUUUGAAGAAGCACUGGAUUGCUUUGACGUGAUGAAGGAGGCAGGUGUUGAGCCUGAUCAGAGCACAAUGGUGACUUUGCUUUGUGCUUGUGGUCAUUUGAGGAAGCUCGAGUUGGGGGAGUGGAUUGGUUCUUGGGUUAGAGAUCAUAGGCUUAGUUCAAAUCUUCAGCUUACUAGUUCACUAAUUGAUAUGUAUGCCAAGUGUGGCGAGAUUGAUAAGGCUCGUGAUUUGUUUGAUGGGGUCGAGGAAAGGGAUGUGAUUAUAUGGAAUACCAUGAUUGGUGGUUAUUCUCACCUAUGCUUCUAUGAGGAUGCCUUGGCACUCUUUGACCUCAUGCUUCGAUCAAAUGUGAAGCCUACCGAUGUUACCUUCUUGGCUGUUCUUCCAGCUUGUGCUUGCCUUGGUGCUCUGGACCUUGGCAAGUGGAUUCAUGCCUAUGUUGAUAGGAAUUUGAAGAGCAUAGACAAUGCUUCUGCUCUUUGGACAAGUCUCAUAGACAUGUAUGCAAAAUGUGGGUCCAUUGAGGUAGCGGAACAAGUAUUUAGAAGCAUAAGUUGUAGAAGCUUGGCUUCUUGGAAUGCCAUGAUAUCGGGAUUGGCAAUGCACGGGCACGCAGAUCGGGCCCUCAGGCUUGUCUCCGAGAUGACUGAUGAAGGGUACCAGCCGGACGACAUCACAUUUGUUGGGGUGUUAUCUGCUUGUACUCAAGCUGGUUUGGUAGAUCUUGGGCAGCAGUAUUUCAAUUCAAUGACACAAGAUUACAAAAUUUCACCAAAGUUGCAACACUAUGGUUGCAUGAUAGACCUCCUAGCUAGAUCUGGGAAGUUUGAAGAAGCAAAGAGCCUAAUGAGAAGCAUGGACAUGGAGCCGGAUGGAGCUAUAUGGGGUUCUUUGCUUAAUGCUUGUAAGGUUCAUGGUGAUGUCGAGUUUGGUGAAUAUGUCGCAGAACAGCUCUUUCAAUUAGAGCCAGAAAAUACUGGCGCAUACGUGCUUUUGUCAAAUAUAUAUGCAGGAGCAGGAAGGUGGGAUGAUGUAGCAAGGAUAAGAACCAUGUUAAAUGACAAAGGGAUGAAGAAAGUUCCCGGAUGUACCUCUAUAGAGGUUGAUGGUGUUGUUCAUGAGUUCCUUGUAGGCGAUAAAUUCCAUCCUCAGAGUAAAGAGAUACAUACAAUGUUGGAUGAGGUAGAUAAGCUUUUGGGGGAGGCUGGUUUUGUGCCUGAUACCUCAGAGGUGCUCUAUGAUAUGGAUGAGGAGUGGAAGGAAGGAGCUUUGAGUCAUCACAGUGAAAAAUUGGCUAUUUCUUUUGGUUUGAUUAGCACAAAACCAGGGACUACAAUUAGGAUUGUGAAGAAUCUUCGUGUUUGUAGGAACUGCCAUUUGGCGACCAAGCUUAUAUCCAAGAUUUUCAAUAGGGAAAUAAUAGCAAGAGAUAGAAACCGAUUCCACCAUUUUAAAGAUGGGUUUUGCUCAUGUAAUGAUUGCUGGUGA